GUUGGAAUAUAUGAAAUAAAAUGCCUUCCAAACCAACACGACGCCAGUUUGCAAGAAAAUGCAAGAAGACUCGACAACAUAUCGGGGAAAAUUCAAUGAGUAAUAAUAAUGAUACUGAGGAGAAAGUUACACCAGCUGCUGAGAUCAGAGAGCCAACCUCACCAACUAGCGAACGCGCUGAGUGUCUAACUGUGCGGAGAUCUCUCCGUAGAAAAUGCCGGAAAGAUUAUUCGGACACAUCCCAACCUCCCACUAAGCAAUCCUGGGGAUCCUCACGAAAGAGAUUGUGCAAAGUGGAAAAACAUACACCAGAUGAAAAUUCAAGUGAACUCCUACAAGCAAUGCUUCCCGAUGAAGUAAUGUUGCGAAUAUUUUCCUACUUACUUGAAAAAGACUUGUGUAGAGUUGCGCAAGUCUGUAAGCGUUUCAAUGUCCUUUCCAAUGACCCAGUGCUUUGGAAAUAUUUAUACCAAGAACUAUUUGAAUACACAAUUCCUAUGAUGAACCCAGAACCUAACACCUUUCAGCAAGUUGCCCCUGAAGAUUGUGACAGCACCAACCCUUGGAAAGAAAGCUUUUCACAACUUUACAAGGGUGUCCAUGUAAGACCUGGUUGCAUGGAGAAUUAUUCUAACAGCACAACCGAUGCAAUUAAGUUACGUCCAAGAGAUAAUAUACAGUAUUAUGAAACCAUAGUAGAUGCAUUAGGAGGGGUGGUGGAAGGGGAUCAUAAUGGGAUCAUAUUUGUCCAUCCAGGAAUAUAUUCCGAUGAAUGGAUAUUUAUAGAUUUUCCUGUUACUAUCCUUGGUGCAGGACCUGAUAAAGUGUCGAGUAAAGUUGUGAUAGAGAAUAUGUGUGAAACUACCAUUGUAUUCACUGAAGGUUGCGCGGAUUCAUUCAUUGGCUACAUGACUAUAUGGUUUCUACCUGAAGACCCAAACGCUCCUCACCACCGAUAUUGCAUUGAAAUCGGAUCUAAUUGCACUCCCACCAUUGAUCAUUGUAUGAUACGAAGCACAUCUACAGUCGGUAGUGCGGUUAGUUGUGCGGGUGAGGGAGCGAACCCAACUUUCAGCCACGUCACAAUUAGUGAUUCGGAAAACGUUGGUUUGUACAUUGCUGAUCAUGCUGAGGGCUUGUUCCAAGAUUGCGAGAUCCACAAUAAUGCAUUGGCGGGCAUAUGGGUGAAGAAUUACGCAAAACCAAUCAUAAGAAGAUGUCAUAUACAUGAUGGGAGGGACGUGGGAGUGUUUACAUUCGAUAAUGGAUAUGGCUACUUUGAGAAAUGUGACAUCCAUCAUAACAGGAUAGCUGGCUUUGAAGUGAAAGCUGGUGCUAAUCCCACUGUUGUGAGAUGUUCUAUACACCAUGGACAAACUGGUGGUAUAUAUAUACAUGCCAGGGGGAGAGGGCAGUUCCUUGAAAACAAGAUCCACAGCAACCAGUUUGCAGGGCUAUGGGUGACUUCUAAUUCCGAUCCCACUAUCAGAUGUAAUGAGAUAUAUAAUGGACACCAAGGUGGUGUAUACAUAUUUACUGACGGCAAAGGUCUAAUUGAAAAGAACAAUAUAUAUGGCAAUGCCUUAGCUGGGAUUCAGAUAAGGAGUAACAGUAGCCCAAUAGUUCGACACAAUAAGAUACAUGAUGGGCAACAUGGCGGCAUAUAUGUGCAUGAGAAAGGACAAGGGAUCAUAGAAGAGAAUGAAAUUUACUCUAACACACUAGCGGGGGUAUGGGUGACCACGGGUUCGUCCCCAACUUUAAGAAGGAACCGAAUCCACUCCGGUCGGCAGGUUGGGGUUUAUUUUUAUGACAACGGGAACGGGAUUCUCGAGGAAAAUGAUAUUUACAAUCACAUGUAUUCCGGAGUUCAAAUAAGAACUGGUAGCAAUCCUGUAAUAAAGAUGAAUAAGAUUUGGGGCGGUCAGAAUGGUGGAAUACUUGUGUAUAACUCGGGGUUGGGUUUGAUUGAACGUAAUGAGAUAUUCGACAACGCUAUGGCUGGAGUUUGGAUUAAAACUGACAGCAAUCCACUCAUGAGAGGGAAUAAGAUACACGAUGGUAGAGAUGGCGGAAUCUGUAUUUUUAAUGGUGGUAAAGGGAUUCUAGAGAAGAACGAAAUCUUCCGUAAUGCACAAGCGGGAGUCCUCGUCAGCACUAACAGUCAUCCUCAGCUCCGGAGGAACAGGAUCUACGACGGAUUCGCAGCUGGCAUAGAAAUCACAAACGGAGCAACUGCCGUGCUUGAGAGGAACCAAGUGUUCAAUAAUAAAUUUGGAGGAAUAUUUCUCGCAACUGGAGUUUCUUGUAUUUUAACAGAAAACCGAGUUUUUGGGAACAAGAAUGCGAUUGAGAAAGCUGUUAAAAGAGGUCACUGCCUAUACAAGAUAUCUAGUUAUACAAGCUACCCCAUGCACCAUUUCUACAGAUGUUACACGUGCAACACAACGGAUAAAAAUGCCAUUUGUGUUAAUUGUGUUCGGAAAUGUCACCAAGGACAUGUCACUGAGUUUACAAGACAUGACAGAUUCUUUUGUGACUGUGGGGCAGGAACACUGAGCAAUACUUGUUGCCUUGCAGGGGAGCCCACACAUGACACCGAUACUUUAUAUGAUUCCGCGCCACCUAUUGAGUCAAGCACAACAAGACAUGGAUGAUUUUUUACUUUUAAAUCUUUCUCUGCAUAAGCAGGCAGUUGCAUCUGUUUAAUUUCUUAUACAAGACCAAAUGAAGGUCAUUUUAUUGUAAACUUAUCUUAACUGAGUGUGGUAAGAACAAGUUUUACAGAGAAACAAAUUGCCUGUCUAAGUUUAAUAUUCCUUCCUGUUUUUGCAAACAGCUUUUUUUUACUAAAAUAUAUCAUUACUUUAGUAGAUUUACCAAUUCCAAUGUAUAUUCUUGACACAGUUGGGUGGUACAUACUUUCAUAUUUUUCUUUGUUGUGUAUAAACUUUGUUGAUUUUUUGCCUUAUAACUAUAAUUUUAGGACUACCAGUUCUUUGUUCCAAAGUUAAGUAAAACUUUUUUAUGAUUCCCCCAAAAAAUUAAAAUAUUUUAUUUCUGUUGGAAAUCAAACACGCCAAGUGCCCCUAGUAAAUAUUGUGAAGUAACCCAUUGGUGCCAAUCUGUAUCUUUUUCCAUGCACUGCCCUUUCAACACGUUCCAAAUGACUUAAAAUGGCUCAACAAAAUCUCGUUCACAAUGAAAUCCAUAACAUUGCCAGAUGACAAGAGACAAUUUUUCACUGUUUUCAAGUAUAACCUCGGAUUGCAGCAGUAUUUCUUAUUUCAGUUCUUUUAGUUGAAUCAUCACAUCUUCUAUUUAUUUUUGCACGGCUCACUAUCGACUAAGCUGCUUUACUACUGAUUGUAAAUGCUUCGGUAUUUAAAA